AUGCCUAUUGAUCAAAGGCGAAUUAAUGGUCCGGAUGUAUCCAUACCUUACUAUAUUUACCCUAAUUUUGAUAACAAAAAGGAUGAAAUAAAAUACGAUUUUAACAAAAGAAGUGAUAAACGAACCAAUAAUGACAUUCGAAAAAUAUUUUUAAAAACAGGUAUUGUCAGUCAGGCAAAAGGUUCUGCAUAUAUAGAAAUGGGAAAUACAAAAGUAGUUUGUUCAGUAUUUGAUCCCAGAGAAGUACCAAAUAAGAGUGGUUAUUGUGUGCAAGGAGAAAUUUACUGUGAAUUCAAAUUUGCUCCGUUUUCUUGUCAAAAGCGAAAAAUUCAUCAACAAAAUGCAGAGGAAAAACAAUAUAGUUUAAUUUUACAAAGAGCAUUAGAACCAGCAGUUUGCUUGAAUGAAUUUCCUAACUUUCAAGUAGAUGUAUAUGCAAUGGUCUUAGAUAAUGCUGGAUCUUCUCUUGCAGCUGCAAUUAUGGCUGCUAGUACUGCUUUGGCUAACGCAGGUGUUCCUAUGUUUGGUUUAGUUACAGCUUCUACUGUAGGUAUCUAUGAUGAUUAUUAUUUAAUGGACCCUACGGAUACAGAAGAGACAAUGUGCAAUACACAAUCAAAUAACCAAGAUGACUUUAAUCAUGGGAUAAUUACACUAGCUAGUCUCCCACAACAUAAUCAAAUGUCAGAAGUAUUUUUAAUUGGAAACGUUAAUGCAAACUCUAUUAUACAUGCAACCGAAAUGUUAACAACAGCUAACAAAGAUAUUUGCCCUGUACUUCAACAGUGUUUAGUCAAAAAUAUUAUGAAAUUACAUAAUUAA